CUGCAGGUGUAAUCUAAAAGGCCUCACCGUGACUAGCGCUCUAUGCAGUGUCGUCUAGUCAUCACUCUUCAACCCAGGAAUCGCAUCAUGGCCGACCGGGACUGUAGCUCGCUGAAACAGUCAAACAUGUCAUGGGCCCUGGAGAGUGCGUUAGCUGAAAGCGUUAAUCAUGGCUCAUUCGCAGACGUAGAGCUCUCCUUGUUCAGCCGCCGCCUCGCACCUGGCAAGGUUGGACAUCCUCGUCCGGUGUAUGCCAACAGCGUUGUUCUGAAACGCACAUCGCCGUACUUCCACGGUCUUUUGGAAGGCGGUUUCGUCGAGGGGGAUGUCAACGCUGGAUUACCAUCGUUUCCCAUUUCCACGGAUGAGUAUGGCUAUGAAUCAGACAGCGACCUGGAAGAUGACGGGAUCGACGAAAACGACGUCGAAAACGAGCACGAGAUGGCACAGAGAUCACGAGACUCAUCGCCGUCUCCGCAGCUAGAAGAUGGCAAUCGCAAGGGGAAGGAGAUUGCUCGUAGCCACUCUAUCCCUGCCCGAGAAGCCUCGAGACGUAGCCUUCGCCGGAUCAUGAUAAAGGACUCUGCAUUCAACACGUGGCAAUGGGUGGUCGUAUAUAUGUACACUGGACAGGUGGUAUUUGCACCGCUCAAGUCACAAGGCCUGGACGACAGGGCAUCGCAAAGAGCUCAGUAUCGUUCUAAUUUCCCGUACCACCCCCUUCCGUGCUCCCCAAAGUCGAUGUAUCGCUUGGCUGAUAUACUCGGACUCGAUGCUCUGAAGACGCGCGCCUUUGCUGAUUUCAAGGCCAAGCUGUCAAAAGCAAACAUCUACACUGAACUAUUCACCAAGUUCUCAUCGAGGAACGAUGCAGUCUUACGCGCCGGGAUCAACUUCUUCGAAGAUUAUUGUAUGAACACUGGCGCCUUGCCCCAGUUGCAGCGACAGCUAGAAAUCAUCGCUGUGGGAGAUUCCACGCAUGGCGUCCCUGUUGUGAUAUCUUUGUUCAAAGCUUGCCUUGGCCGCAAGAAGAGGUCCCUGCCUGCAACCGCGGUUUCUACUUGGGAAUAUGGAUCAGAAGAGAAUGUUGCACCGAUAGAUGGCUCACUGGACGGUAUCUCCAGCUCUGCGCGGGCUCUGAAGGGGACUGGGAAAUCCGGGUAAUAAUAUGUGCCUCUCCUUUUGUACCCUGACCCCCACCCCAUGAUGUGAAUACACUGGAUGCUUUCCCAU